AUGCGCAUCACUGUCUUCUUCCUGGCCGUAGGGCUAGCUGGUGCGUUGGACAAUGGACUUGCACGAACCCCGCAAUUGGGAUGGAAUACAUGGAAUUCAUUUGCCUGCAGUAUGAAUGAGACUGUCAUUCUAGAUGCAGCCAAGCGCAUUGUCGAGUUAGGCUUCAAAGAUCUCGGGUACAAUUAUGUCGUCCUUGAUGAUUGCUGGUCUGCUGGUAGAAACUCUUCUGGAUACCUCGUUCCGGAUAGUCAGAAAUUCCCCAAUGGAAUCGCAGAUGUGGCGGAUAAGAUUCACAAUAUGGGAUUGAAGAUUGGUAUUUAUUCUAGUGCGGGCACCAUGACUUGCGCGCGUUAUGCAGGUUCUCUGGGGUAUGAAGAUAAGGAUGCAGCAGUCUGGGCAAGCUGGGGCAUCGACUAUCUCAAAUAUGACAACUGCUACAAUCAGGGUGAAGAAGGAACGCCCAAGCUUUCCUAUGAUCGAUACAACGCGAUGGGCAAAGCUUUGAAUUCUACCGGCCGGCCUAUCCUUUAUUCGUUGUGCAAUUGGGGAUCUGAUGGGCCGUGGAAUUUUGCCCCGACCAUCGCCAAUUCAUGGCGCACGAGUGGUGACUUGACCAAUGUCUGGGAUCGGGAGGAUGUUAACUGCCCUUGUGCUGAACUAGACGGGCUGGAUUGCAAGCUUCCAGGAUAUCACUGUUCGGUCAUGAAUGUCGUCAACAAGGCAGUGUACUAUCCAUCCAAGGCAUAUGCCGGCGCAUGGAAUGACCUCGAUAUGCUUCAGGUCGGCAAUGGCGGCCUCUCUGAAGACGAGGCAAUCUCGCACUUCAGCCUUUGGGCAGCCCUAAAAUCACCACUGCUCAUGACCAACGUAAUGACCAAGAUUGACGGCCCUACUCUUUCCAUCUUGCAGAACACUGCUGUGUUAGCGGUUUCCCAAGAUCCACAGGGAUCGAGCGCCGUGCGGAUCUGGCGUUAUUACGUUGACGACGGUGAGAUCCAGAUGUACAGUGGACCCCUCAGCGGAGGCGAUCAGGUAGUUCUGUUGCUGAACGGAGGAUCGAAAGCCCGCGACAUGAACGCGACUUUGAAUGAUAUCUUCUGGGAGAAUGGACCCGAGGGCACUGCAUCACAGGCAAAGAGUAGCUGGGAUGUAUAUGACCUGUGGGCUGGACGGAUGAGCAAUGACACUGCUAAUGCGAUCAUCCAAGGUGGAGAGAAUGCGACACGGCCGAUUAACAUGACGGCUGAGGUUGGAGCAAGCAAGGUCUAUUCGCAAGUGCCAUUGCCAACAUCAAAGGCACUGAUGGGAUCAAAAGUCAGCACUGUCAAGUCUGGUGGUCGAGUUUCUGCACAUGUCAAGCCGCAUGGAGUCGCUAUGUUCCGUCUGCGAAAGGUAAAGACGAAUGAUGAGCUUUGA